UUUCAAUGAAUUUACUGUAGAGUGUGCUAAUGCAUCAAUAAAAAUAAAUUAUCUUAUCAAUAAUUCAUUUUAGAAAUAGCAUUAAUAAAUUAAUACCAUUUGUUACUAAUAACAUGGCAACGCGAUUAACAUCUUUGCCUUUAGUAUCUAAAAUCUCGAAUAAGAUUAUUCGGAUUCUUGGAUGCAACCCUGGUCCUAUGACACUUCAAGGCACAAAUACUUAUCUUAUUGGUUCAGGAACAAGGCGUGCAUUAAUUGAUACAGGAGACACUGAAACAUCAGCUGAGUAUAUCAAAUUAUUAAAAAAUGUACUCGCAGAAGAAAAUGCUACAAUAGAACACGUGAUAGUCACACAUUGGCAUCAUGAUCACAUUGGUGGUGUAAAUUCUGUUAAAGAAUUAUUAACAACAUCAAAUUUUAAUGGUGAUCCACCAACAAUAUGGAAACUGCCUACGUAUGAAAAACCACAAGUAACACCAGAUCUUAUAAAGCAAUGUAAAUCUUUAGAAGAUGAACAAAUAAUUGAAGUAGAAGGAGCAAAAAUACAAAUAAAACAUACACCUGGUCAUACAACAGAUCAUGCAUGUCUAUUAUUAAAAGAUGAACAAAGUUUAUUUAGUGGUGAUUGUAUCUUGGGUGAAGGUACUGCUGUAUUUGAAGAUCUAUAUGAUUAUAUGAUUUCUUUACAAAAAAUUUUGGACAUGAAACCAUCUGUAAUUUAUCCUGGUCAUGGCCCUAUAAUAGAAGAUCCUGUUCCACGAAUUCAAUAUUAUAUUCAACAUCGACAACAAAGAGAGAAACAAAUAUUAAAUGCUUUAAAAGAACAUAGCAAUUCUAUCUUUAUGUCAGAAAUGGAUAUUGUAGAAAUCAUAUAUAAGGACACUCCAAAGAAUCUAUGGCCUGCAGCAGCUCAUAAUGUGAUGCAUCAUUUACAAAAACUACAUAAAGAAACAAAAGUAGUAGGCAAAGAGGGUGAAUGGAAAAUUUCAGAAAACAUAGUUUGAUACAUAGUAACACAAGCAUUUAAUCAUAAAUAUUGUAAAUAAUGUAUUACCUAUAAUAUAAAAUUUGUAUAUAUUAAGAAGACUCUGUCGAGCAAUGCUGUGAAACAUUUAUUCAACUUAUAGAAGUAACAAUAAUACAUACUCAUGGGCAUUCUUUCAGAUGGCAAAUUCUUAACACUUGAUGUGCGUACACAGUGUACAGUAUAUAUUACAAAUAAGUUUCAGUGACAAAGUACAUAGCACAUAGUACAAUGAUUUCUUUUUUUUUUUUUUAUAGUUUUACCAUUUGGCUAUUUCACGAGUAAGAUGCAUCGAACAUCUUAAUCGUGAAUGCACAUGCGUGACCAUGGAAAUUACAUCGGCACAUUUAGAUGAUUGAUAUAAAAUAUAUGUUCUGCUACAAAGAUA